UGAUAUCUUCUAACCCAUGCAUUCCUAUAUAAGCUGCUGCAAACUCUUUCAUUAGUAUAUCACUCUUGUUUACUUUCAAUACUACACUCAAAGACAUUUGCUCAUUACAGGUUUGUAAGCAACUUCUCAUGGGAAACUUUGGCGUUGAUGAGUUUGAGCUAGUGGUCAAGCAAGGCGAGCCAACGCUGGUUCCUCCUGCUGAUGAUAUUGAGAAGGGUCUGUACUUUUUGUCCAACCUUGAUCAGAACAUUGCGGUGAUUGUACGUACUAUUUACUGCUUCAAGUCCGAGGAGAAAGGGAAUGAGAAUGCUGUGGAGGUGAUUAAGGAUGCCUUGGCAAAGGUUCUUGUUCAUUAUUACCCGCUUGCAGGGCGGUUAACAAUAAGCCCUGAGGGCAAGUUGAUUGUAAAUUGUAGUGGAGAAGGUGCUGUCUUUGUCGAGGCAGAGGCUAAUUGUGGUUUGGAAGAGAUUGGUGAUAAUACAAAGCCGGAUCCUGUCACUCUUGGGAAGUUGGUUUAUGAUGUUCCAGGGGCCAAAAACAUACUAGAGAUUCCUCCUCUUGUAGCCCAGGUUACAAAAUUCAAAUGUGGAGGAUUUGUUCUUGGAUUAUGCAUGAACCAUUGCAUGUUUGAUGGGCUUGGUGCUAUGGACUUCGUGAAUUCGUGGGGUGAAACUGCACGAGGCUUAUCCCUCAAAGUGCCUCCGUUUCUUGACAGAAGCAUACUCAAAGCUAGAGACGAACCAAAAAUUGAGUUUCCUCAUCAUGAAUUUGCACAAAUCGACGACAUCUCAAACACUGCUGAGCUCUACAAAGAAGAAAUGCUUUACAAGUCCUUCUGUUUCAGUCCUGAAAUGCUUGAUUAUCUGAAAAGGAAAGCACUAGAAGACGGAACACUCAAAAAGUGCACUACCUUUGAAGCACUCUCAGCAUUUGUCUGGAGAGCUAGAAGCCAGGCCCUGAAAUUAAAUCCUGAUCAACAAACAAAACUCCUCUUUGCUGUCGAUGGAAGGUCCAGAUUCAAUCCGCCUCUGCCACAAGGCUAUUUUGGCAAUGGCAUUGUGUUAACAAACUCCAUCUGUACUUCAGGAGAGCUCGUGGAGAAGCCGUUGUCAUUUGCAGUGAAGUUAGUCCAGGAAGCGGUGAAUUUGGUCACGGACAGUUACAUGAAAUCAGCAAUAGACUAUUUUGAAGUAACCAGAGAAAGGCCUUCUCUGGCUGCAACUCUUUUGAUCACUACUUGGUCCAGGCUAUCUUUCCACACCACGGAUUUCGGAUGGGGCGAGCCUAUUCUAUCAGUGCCUGUUGCAUUGCCGGAGAAAGAAGUGACCCUGUUUCUGUCACACGGAAAAGAACGUAAAAGCAUCAAUGUGCUUCUUGGUUUGCCUGCUUCUGCAAUGAAGAGUUUUGAAGAAUCAAUGAACAUUUAAAUGUUAUAAUGUUGGGAGAGAGUUGCUGCACGGUCUUUAUGUAUUAUAUAUUUUGUUACUGCAAUUUGUUUCAUGGACGAUUGAGCAUUUUAUGCUAUGUAAUUUUAAAGAAAAUGGUCUCAAUACUUAUAGUCUAUUUGGGAGUGCUGUUAAAAAAUGUUAGUACCGUUAGAAAAAGUGUUGAUAAAAAAAUUGUUGUUAUAGAAAUCAAAUAAUUAUUUGGUAA